CGCAGCAGAGACUGAGGCAGUUGCCAGUUGACAGUCGACAGUCCGCCACAAAAGGCCCUGCACAGUCGUAAUCAAGCUUUGGCGAGUAACGGUACAUGAGCGCAAUUUUAAAAUUGAUAUCAACUAAAUCAACGUGCUCAACCGGAGAAUCCUGCCAAACGUGUCGCGUGUCCCUUUUCCGUAGUAUCGAAAUCGCGUUACGCUUGAGGAUAUUUCUGCAAAAAUUACAGACUACAGACGAUGAACAAUGGUCACAUACCGGGUCUAGUACACAAGUACUCAUGUACUCGUAGUUCAACUUGCAACACUUUUGACACCAUUGACGUCAGCCAUGCCCACACAAAAUAGCGCCCUCUGGCGGCGGCGUAGUAAUCGUGGAUUAUUCAUUGGCAUAUUUGGACUUUGCCUUGGACUCUUUGGCAUAUUGUGCGGAAUGUUUUGGGAGGAUAUAUUCAAUUGGAUCAAGCAUAAGGAAAUGGUGCUGGCACCCGACACACAAGUCUAUGAGAACUGGAAGACGCCACCAAUUGAACUGCACUUGGACAUUUACAUGUACAACUGGACGAAUCCCGAGGAAUUCGGCAAUUUAAGCAGCAAACCUAUAUUACAACAACUUGGACCCUACCGUUUCAUUGAUAAGCCCGACAAGGUCGACAUUGUCUGGCAUCCAGAAAAUAGCUCCGUCACAUAUCGACGGCGCAGUAUGUACUAUUUUGAUGCGGCAGGAAGUGCAGGAAGUCUCGACGAUGAGGUGACAACACUUAAUGCAGUUACUUUGUCGGCAGCAGCCACGGCCAAGCAAUGGUCGAGCAUCAAGCGUGGAAUUGUCGAUACGGGAUUGAAGAUCUAUGAUCGAGAGAUAUCAGUUACCAAAACUGUUGAUGAAAUGCUUUUUACGGGCUAUAGCGAUACCAUGAUCGAUGCAGCCCGUGCGUUCCCUGUUUUUGGAGAUGAUGUGAAAGUGCCCUUCGAUAAAUUCGGCUGGUUCUAUACGCGCAAUGGCAGCGCUGAUCUCACAGGUGUCUUCAAUGUCUACACUGGUGCCGAUGAUUUAACUAAACUUGGUCAAAUGCACAGCUGGAAUUAUCAGACUCACACAGGUUUCUUUGAGUCGUUUUGUGGACUGACAAAUGGCUCGGCUGGUGAAUUCCAGCCCCCACAGCUUCAACCUGGUGGUAGCGUGGGUCUCUUCACCCCCGACAUGUGUCGCACUCUGCGCCUGGACUAUGAGGAAACCGUGGAGAUCGAGGGAGUUCAGGGCUACAAAUUUACAGGCGGAGCACGUUCCGUUGAUAAUGGCACACUCUAUCCGGAGAAUCUGUGCUUCUGCGGCGGAAAAUGUGCGCCCUCCGGCGUAAUGAAUGUCACCGCCUGUCGUUUCGAUUCGCCUGUUUUUAUGUCUUAUCCGCAUUUCUAUAAUGCCGACCAGUACUACUUGGAUCAGGUGGAGGGCCUGCAGCCCAAUAAGGAGGAUCAUGAGUUCUACAUGGUGGUGGAGCCACGUACAGGCAUUCCCUUGGAGGUCGCAGCACGUUUCCAGGUCAACAUGCUGGUGGAACCCAUUGAUGGAAUUGCUUUGUAUACGGAUGUGCCACGCAUAUUCUUCCCUUUGAUUUGGUUUGAGCAGAAGGUGAGAAUUACGCCGGAGUUGGCGGAUCAGCUAAAGAUGUUGCCUCUAGUGCUGUUGGCUGGCCAAAUUUUCUCGGGUCUCUGUCUGGCCAUUGGUCUCAUUCUACUCUGUUGGACACCAGCUCAACAUUUGCUCAGCUCUUGCCGUAAUCGACAUUACGACGUGAAGAGCAACGGGCAGUUCAAGAGUCGGUCGCAAUUCUCCAGCGCCGAGGAACUCAAGUCCAAGGCCUCCACAUUGGUCUGCGAAAAAAAUGCAGGCAUUUCUAUAGAUAGUUCUCCUCUUCUAGUUCCGAAUAGUAAACACGUAAUGGUGAUGCCAAAAUCUCAGACCAGAGAUAGCGUUGCCACCGCCUCCACGGUCAUCAGCGAGAAGACGGACAGCAAAAAGGAUUAACAAUUUAAGGAGGAUCAACGGAAACUCUCCAUUAGCCAGUAAUCCAUCCUAGUGCUUUACUUAGUCUAUAGUCUAUAGUAAAUUAGUGUAGGCAACGUCUCCCUCAUUGUGUCUAUUGCAUUCAGCAGUGCUAAUGCCAAAGAUAAGUUAACUUGCGGAAUGUGGUUAUAACCAGGGCUGAAAUACAAACCUUUUUCAAUUAUUUACCCCUUGAACAUGAACUCGAAGAAUAAUUAUCAAGUAGUAAAUCAUAAUCUUAAAAGAUACUUAUUUAAUAAUUCGCAAGUUUUUAAUUAAACCAUUUCUUAUUGGCAUAAAUAAUCAAUGGAAAAUGGAAAUAAUUGCGAAAAUUUACUUACUUAUUUGGUACCAAAUUGAACCAAGCCUCGAACAGAAUUCUUGAGAUCCAGAAAAAUAUUGCUCUCUAAAUUUGGAAGUUUGAUGCUUUGGUUAUAACAUCAAGACACGGCAUUUUGCAUAACAUACGAGUACUCAUUAAACAAAUACAUAUAUAUACAGAAAUACAUUUAUAAUUUUAUAGUAUGUAAGUGAAAUGUUUAGGUAUAUUUAAUCAGUCAAGUUUUAAAUAACAUUUUUAUAUUGGAUGUAAACACAUUUUAUAUGCUAAAGAUAAAGAUGACGAAUUAAACAGUUUAUAUAAAUA